AUGACGCGUCUAGCAGCUCUAUGGCUGGUCCUCCUACUAACAUGCGUGUUUGCCGCGCCUCAAAACGUCACUGGCGAACAUGCCCUCCAGGCAAUGAGCCUAGAUGACCUCGACACCCAGCUCCAAACAUGCCCAAUUGUGCAGCAACUCUCGGCAGUUAAGCAUGCGCACCACGCUGCGGCACCCUCGUCCUUCACGACACGCGCUUUCGCGGUCCUCUUUCCUGGUUCGCCCGCUGUGAACGCCCUCCUCGCGACGUUGUAUAUUUCUGGCCCGCCCAACUUUCUGCUGGCCUUGUGUCCGACGAAUAUCGAUCCCUCGUCGCUGAGUGUCAUGGUUGCCUUUGCGGUGGGAGGGCUGCUGGGCGACACGCUGUUCCACUUGCUGCCGGAAAUAUUCUUGGGCGAGGAUGAGGCUGACAGAGCGAGGUUUGUGCUUGUUGAGCCGAAUCGGAAUCUGGUGCUCGGGCUGGCUAUCUUGGUUGGGUUUAUGACGUUUGUGGCUAUGGAUAAGGGUUUGAGGAUUGCUACGGGUGGUGCUGGGCAUGAUCAUUCCCAUGGUCAUGCGCAUGGAGGUGAUGCGAAGGCCGUUGCGACUGGUGCCGAUACUGGGAAUGGUGAGGUGAGGUCCAGGAAGAAGGGGAAGGGUAAGAAGGAGGUUGUGCAGGAGGAGAAGGAGAUUAAUCCGAGUGUUAAGCUUGGUGGCUAUCUCAACUUGAUUGCCGACUUCACACACAACAUUACCGAUGGUCUCGCCAUGUCGGCCAGUUUCUACGCAUCGCCAACGAUUGGCGCUACCACCACCGUGGCCGUGUUUUUCCACGAAAUUCCCCAUGAAGUGGGCGACUUUGCGCUCCUCGUUCAGUCUGGCUUCUCCAAGCGGGCGGCCAUGGCAUCGCAAUUCGUUACGGCACUGGGUGCACUGAUGGGCACGCUCAUUGGUAUCGCUAUUCAGGAGUUUGGUGGCGGUAAUACUGAUGGUGAAGCUUCUAUGGCACGCAACGCUGGAUUAUGGGGAACAAGUCUGACGUGGGGUGACAUGCUGCUCCCUUUUACCGCCGGUACAUUCCUCUAUGUUGGAACCGUGGCCGUGAUUCCCGAGCUGCUGGAGACGGGCCCGAACAAGAUGCAGGAGCUUCGGAAGACGCUGGUUCAAUUCUCUGCCGUUGCGGUCGGUGCGGGUAUCAUGCUGUAUAUUUCGUGGCAUGACUGA